UUAUUUAUUUAUUUAUUCCAAAUAGUAAAAGCUGUUUCCUUCCUUCUUCUACGUAGCACUUCCGCAAUGUCUGCACGUGCAUCCUCCACUCUUUUCGCUCCCCUUUCUUCUCCAAAACACUUUCACUCACUCAUUACACCCCUCUCAAUGUCCCUUUCACCACACCCCACCAAUCAUUUCUGCUUCUUCAAGCAAUCACUGAUAGCGUAACUCCGCUACUACUUACAACCCCUCUCCAAUUCCACUCUCUGCGUUCAUGUUCAUCAUUCUCAGCUGCCGCCACUAGCGUCUGCUGCUUCGCCGUGAAUCUUCAAACUGAUCGGUGAGUCUCAGCUUUCAUUCAUCUCUUAUCUUCACAAUGUUUUGAUUUUCAUUGUCUGGCGAGUGGUUGGUUUAGUAAAAUUCUGUCUGUUGGCUUCAUGUGUUUAUUCAAAGCUAACGUCUUUUUGGGUCUUUUAGAAUGUGUAUUUAUAACCGCACGGGUAGCUCAGUUGGUUCCCGGGUAUAAAUAACACAAGAUUGAGCCUUUACAGCUGGAGUGGGAGACUGGGUUACACCCAAUUUGGUGGGCUUUCUGUAUUUAGAUUCAAAGCUAACGGGUCUUUGGUUCUGGGUGGUAAAUUGUGGGUAAGGACCAAGGAUCAAGCCCGGGCUGUCUAUAUCCAUAUACCCAAUGUGUUGGAGAUGAAGAGAGAUAGGUGCUAGUUUUGGUUCAGGUGUUUAGCUUUAGCUCACAGAAAGAAAGAGAGGAAGGAAAAGAAUGGGUUGUAAGAUAGUAACAUACUUGGCAGUUGUGUUUUGUGGAGCUGUUGUUUUUUCCUGCUUGACAAGAGCUGAGCCAACUGAAGAUAAAAGAGCUCUUCUUGAUUUCCUUGGAAACAUACACCAUUCGCCAAAGGUGAACUGGAAAGAGUGGACUUCAGCUUGCAGUGGCUGGGUUGGAGUGACAUGUAAUCAUGAUAAAUCUAGAGUUAUAGCAGUGAGAUUACCUGCAAUGGGAUUGCGUGGCUCGAUUCCUGUAAACACUCUGAGCAGGUUAUCGGGGCUUGAGAUCUUGAGUCUAAGAGCCAAUGCUUUCAGUGGUCCUUUCCCUUCGGAUUUUGCAGAGCUUGGGAACUUGACAGCUCUCUAUCUUCAGUCCAAUGGCUUUCAGGGUUCUCUGCCAGCUGAUUUUUCUGGGUGGAGGAAUCUUUCAAUCUUGAAUCUGUCGAAUAAUGAGUUUAAUGGCACUAUACCUUCCUCGAUUUCAAACUUGACUCAUUUGACUGCUUUUAGUCUGGCUAAUAACUCACUGUCUGGUGAUAUUCCUGAUCUCAUUCUCCCCAGCUUGCAGAUGUUAGAUCUGUCAAACAAUAACCUCACUGGGAUCGUGCCCCGGUCUCUUCAGAGAUUCCCUGAUUCAGCUUUUGCUGGUAAUCAUCUUUCUCCCAAUGUCGCUUCACCUCCAGCUCCAGUUGCCCUUUCUCCAAGUGUUUCGCCAAAGAAGAAGUCCACACAUCUUAGCCAACCUGCUGUGCUGGGAAUCGUGAUUGGAGGUUGUGCAUUAGGGUUUAUAGUAGUUGCUGUGCUGUUGAUUCUUUGUUAUUCACAGAAAGAACAUGAGAAUAGGGCCUCAGAAAGAUCGCUCAAAAACGAAGUGCCUGUUAAGAAGGCAGCUUCCAGCAGCCGGAAAGGAAACAGCAACCUUGUAUUCUUUGAGGGCUGUAAUCUUGCAUUCGACCUCGAGGACCUGUUAAGAGCUUCUGCAGAGGUUCUAGGGAAGGGAACAUUCGGGACUACAUACAAGGCGGCUCUGGAGGAUGCAACCACGGUUGUUGUGAAAAGACUGAAGGAAGUUUGCGUUGGGAGAAAAGAAUUCGAGCUGCAGAUGGAAGUUGCAGGGAGUAUCAGGCAUGAAAAUGUGGCUCCUUUGAGGGCAUACUAUUACUCCAAAGAUGAAAAGCUCAUGGUCUAUGAUUACUACAACCAUGGGAGUGUUUCUGCAAUGCUGCAUGCUAAUAGGGGCGAAAACCGGUUACCUCUAGACUGGGAAACGCGUGUCAGAAUUGCUGUUGGUGCAGCGAGAGGAGUCGCCUGCAUCCAUGGACAGAGUGGAGCAAAGCUUGUCCAUGGGAACAUAAAAUCCUCAAACAUAUUCCUCAACUCCAAACAGUAUGGUUGUGUGUCUGACCUUGGCCUGGCAACACUGAUAACUCCAGCUGCUCCAACACUCACCCGAACUGCAGGAUACCGCUCCCCAGAAGUCACAGACACGAGGAAAGCAACUCAGGCAUCCGAUGUCUACAGCUUUGGCGUCCUGCUGCUCGAGCUUCUCACCGGGAAGUCACCUGUGCAUACAACAGGGAGCGACGAGGUUGUCCAUCUGGUGAGAUGGGUACACUCUGUCGUUCGCGAAGAGUGGACGGCUGAAGUGUUUGAUAUAGAGCUUCUGAAGUACCCCAAUAUAGAGGAAGAGAUGGUAGAGAUGCUGCAGAUAGGGAUGAGCUGUGCAGCUAGAAUGCCAGAGCAGAGACCAAAAAUAGCAGAUGUAGUGAAGAUGGUAGAGGGCAUUAGAAUGGUGAGUACUGGAAAUCAAACAUCCACAGGAGGUACAACACCAGCUUUAACACCUUCCAUGCCUCAAACAGGACCUUCUUCAUACAAACAUUGAUUUUAAUGUUUUCUUAG